UUGUGCGUGGAUACCGUACAGCUGGUUAACGGUCUGAUUUUGAUAGUAUUCCAGUGUUGUUUUUACUAUGAAUAUCACAAACGACUCACGAUUCAUUAAGCAAGGAAAUGUCGAUGAAUGGAAUAGUGAGAUAUCAACACGCCUGAUCCCUGUUUCUGUGAUAUUGAUGAUGUACCUUGUGGUUGGCGUGCUAGGGAACUCUGUAACAUUAUACAUAUAUGCCUUCCGUUUUAAAGGCAAGCUUACGGACCGGUUCUUCAUUCCAUCUAUAGCGUUUUUUGACUUGAUGACUUGUGUUAUUGGGACGGUAAGCAGUUUCAUUGUAAAUAUGUUUCCCGUCAAGUUUAAGAGUGGAAUAGCCUGCAAAAUGAUGCACUUUUUCACAAUAGUCUUCUCUGUAGCUUCCGCAUUUGUUCUACUGGCGAUAUCUGUGAACAGAUAUCUAAAAAUAUGUAAACCGUUUAAAAAGCAACUAACGGCAUAUACUAAAAAGGCAAUACUGGUACUUAUAGCUUGUUCAUCCGCACUGCUAACUUGGCCUUGCUUUCUAUUCUAUGGGAUUAUGGAGGUAACUGACGACAGGACGAAUACUUUAGGAUAUAUAUGUACAAUUAUCAGCGAGUCCAGAUCUUCUCUACAACCACUUGUGUUCAAGUCUGUCAUGUCUAUCAUGGCUGUGUUCAUUCUCUUGUGUCUGGUGACGCUGUAUGUUCUGAUAGGAAAAACUGUUUUCAAACAACAAAGGUAUCGUGAGAGUACCGCAGCAGGCCUUAUUGCGCUUUCUUCGACGCGGACUGCGAGAUCGAAAUGCAUCUCUCCUAACUCAGAUAGCAUACGUGGAACAACACCCAGAACGUUAUUAGAGACAAACGUCUCAGAAUAUCUAUCGUCACCAGAGACCAAAUGUUCAUCCAAUGGUGUCGCAAAAGCUACGUCUUCUUCGGAAACACAGUGCGAACCCAUAUAUGCUACCGUCAAAACGACCACUAAUCGAGCUACCAGUCAAUUAUCCGAAAUACAAUUAGCACUGAUAUUUAUGCUGAUAACAGUAGUAUUUGUGAUCUGUUACGUGUCGCAGGUUAUAAUGUUGGUGUACGAAUCUCAACACGAGAAGCUAUGGAUAGAUCUGGAUAGCGAUGGAUUGGCAGGAUACCGAUUUUUGUACACACUUGUUUACGCCAAUACUAUCGUCAAUCCGAUCAUCUACGGUUUCUUCGACAGACGCUUUCGUGGAGAGAUAUCAGCCAUAUUGCAUAUUUGUUUUAAGAAACGUACUUCGUGACAGUAAAGACAAUUUUAUGUAAAGACAAUGUUACGUAUUUCAGUACAUAUUUAUACAUGUGCAUGCAUUGAUGGGGAAACAUGGGAAAGCAUUCAAGGACAAAUUAAUCAGGUUUUUUUUACAUUUCAUUAAAAGUUGAAAAUAUCAAAGAAUCGCCAUCUGUAAAUAUGCUUUACUUAUAGCUAGGGUUUUGUAGAUAAAGGGAGAUGAGUGAUAUGGGAUAUAUUGUACCUUUCGUCACAAUUUCAUCACACAAUAAAUUAUAU